GCGUCAUAUUACAACCUUGAACAGUAAAAUAUAAUCAGCCACUCUCGUGUUAUAGGUUGUAGUUAAAAUGUAUUUCUUCGGAGCUGGACUUUUAUCCAUUUUUAUAUGUAUUAUUUUCUUCUGGAUCAGAUGGAGAAAGAGAAGAAUGAAUUUAUUCCAAAGAUACGGUAUUCCGGGACCAAAACCUCAUUUCAUAACUGGAAAUAUGAAAGAAUUUCAUGAAAAGAGAAAUAAGUGUAUUGGGGAAUGGAAAGAAAAAUAUGGAAACGUCUUCGGAUUCUUUCUUGGAGCCAAACCUUUUAUCGUUUGUACUGACGUCGACUUAAUCAAAACCGUUCAAGUAAAAGAAUUCAAGAAUUUUUCCAAUAAAGACUUACUAUUACCUGAUGCAGGAAUUCCUCAUAAGUUAAUGCUCGACCUUUUAGAAAUACAAAAGGAUGAAACAUGGAAAAAUACGAGAUCUGUCAUUAGUAUGUCGUUUACUUCUGGAAAAAUUAAAAUGGUGACAACACUUAUGGAUGAUCCGAUUCAAAUAUUUCUAAAAAAUAUACAAAAACAGAAAGAAGAAUAUUUUAAUAUUCAUCAACACUUUNUAAACAUAAGCUGGAAUACAGAGCGAGCGAUAGCGCAUCGCUCGGCGUAUUCAUUCUUCUUACAAAACUCAUCUCGACCCUCAAAAUUAAGUCUNCGAUCUGCUUUCGGAAUUGAAACAAAUGUACAAAGUGGGGAAAUUACAAAUUUUGUGAAAAUUAUAUAUAAUAUUUUCAAUGUCGAUACUUCUGAUAUUUUACCCGUAUUAUCAAUUUGUUUUCCGGAAUUCGAACCUGUUCCCACGUAUUUAAGAUGGUUUCUAGAUGCUGCCAGAAAUGUAAUGAAGCUUUCUUCUGUAAGAACUGUCAUCGAUACCUGUAGACAGAUCAUUGAUUCUCGCAAGAAAUCUAAUUAUCAUCCACCCGAUCUAUUGCAAACUUUAUUGGAUGCAGAAGGUGACUCGAAUGUUCAAAUGAAAAAACUUAGCACUGAUUCUGUAAUAGCCAAUGCAGUAGGAUUUAUGGUUGCUGGUUAUGAGACGACUAGUAUAACAUUAGCAUGGUGCAUACAUUAUGUAUCCCAUUAUCCUGAAGUUCAGGACAAAAUGCGCCAAGAAAUUAAUAAUAAUGUUAAAGAAAGCGAUGAUAUUCAGUAUUCAGAUUUGAUGAACUUUAAAUACAUGGAUCAAGUAAUAUCAGAAACAUUACGUAUAUCACCAUUAUCACCGAUAGUCAUAAAUAGAAUUUGUGCCGAAGAUUUUAAAUAUAAAGAUAUAACUAUACCAAAAGGAGCUAGAAUAAUGAUCGGUUCUCCUAUUCUUCAAAAACAUCCUGAUUACUGGCAAGAUCCAGAAAAGUUCGAUCCCGAAAGAUUUUCUGCAGAAAAUCACAUUGAUCCGUAUAUUUAUCAACCUUUCGGCGCCGGUCCCAGAAUUUGUAUUGGUAUGAGAUUAGCACAAACAGUCGUAAAAUUAACUCUGGCAAAUCUUAUUAGAUCAUACAAAUUAGAACCAUACGGGGAUUUGGACGCUGAACAAGAACAUUUCUUAUUUUUCUCCUUUCCUAAAAAUGUAUUUAUAUGGAGUAUAUCAAAUGAUAAGGUGAACUGGACUGGAAGUAAUAGAAGAACUUAGGAUGUGUAAAUAAUCCAUAGAAAGUUUACUGUACAGGGUAAGAAAGAAAGUCACUUAAUAUCCCUGCUACAGAAUAUAGAAUGUAUUCAAAGUUAUUUCGCUCAUGUCAGGAACACAUAUUAGAUUGAAGGGAAAGA